CCUCCUACACGACCCAUGCCGGCCCUCCUGCUCCUCGGGAUCGUCCUGCUCCUGGCCUCGACCGCCGGCCAGGCCGCGGCACGCCCGUCCAACGCCACGAGCGCUGAGCCCCCGGGCCCGCUGCCCGCUCUGCUGGCGCACCUGCGGCGCCUGACGGGGGCCCUGACCGGCGGCGGGGGCGCUGCGGGCCCGGGCGCCAAUAGCACGAGGACCAGCCCCGCCAGCGGGACGGGCGCGGCAGCACGGGCACCCCCUCCGGCGGAGCUCUGCCAUGGCUACUACGACGUCAUGGGCCAGUACGACGCCACCUUCAAUUGCAGCACCGGCUCCUACCGCUUCUGCUGCGGCACCUGCCACUACCGCUUCUGCUGCGAGCACCGUCACAUGCGCCUAGCGCAGGCCUCCUGCUCCAACUACGACACGCCACGCUGGGCCACGACGCCGCCACCACUGGCUGGGGGCGCCGGGGGCGUCGGGGGUGCGGGCGGGGGACCCGGGCCCGGCCAGGCCGGGUGGCUGGAAGGGGGCCGGGCAGGGGGCGCUGGGGUACGUGGGGGCGAGGGCCCCGGCGGCAGCACGGCCUACGUAGUGUGCGGGGUCAUCAGCUUCGCCCUGGCCGUAGGCGUCGGCGCCAAAGUGGCCUUCAGCAAAGCGUCCCGUGCGCCCAGGGCGCACCGGGAGAUCAACGUGCCCAGGGCUCUGGUGGACAUUCUGAGGCAUCAGGCAGGACCAGGGAACCGCCCGGACCGGGCGCGAAGCAGCUCCUUGACCCCGGGGGUCGGGGUUUCUGACAGCAUGACCCCAAGAACACCCAAGAACCUCUACAACACCAUGAAGUCCUCCAAUCUCGAUAACCUGCACCACAACUACCUGCACCUCAACAUCAACAGCCCCAAGCACCACACCACUGCACUGGACUGGAGGGCUGGCCCACCACCCAGCCCCUCGUUGCAUUACUCCACGCUGUCCUGCUCUCGGUCCUUCCACAACCUCUCUCAUCUGCCCCCAUCCUACGAGGCCGCUAUGAAAUCGGAACUGAACCGCUACUCCUCCCUCAAGAGGCUGGCCGAGAAGGACCUGGACGAAGCCUACCUGAAGCGCUGGCACCUGGGGGAGAUGCCCCGCGGGACGCUGCCGCUGCACACGCUGCAGAGGCCGGGCACCGGGGGCGGCUACCGCAUGGAUGCCUGGGGCGGUCCCGAGGAGCUGGGCCUGGCGCCCGCGCCCAACCCGCGGCGGGUCAUGUCCCAGGAGCACCUGCUGGGUGACGGGGGCCGGGCCCGCUACGAGUUCACGCUGCCGCGCGCGCGCCUCGUCUCGCAGGAGCACCUGCUCCUGUCCUCACCCGAGGCCCUGCGCCAGAGCCGCGAGCACCUACUGUCACCCCCGCGCAGCCCCGCGCUGCCCCCGGAGCCUGCCUCCCGCGCCGGCCUGGCUGCUUCCCACUCCAACCUGCUGCUGGGGCCCGGGGGGCCCCCCACGCCGCUGCACGCGCUGCCCCCGACGCCCGGCCUGCACGCGCACCACCACCACGGCCUGCACGGCUCUCCGCAGCCCGCCUGGAUGGCAGACGCCGGCGGGGGCGGGGGCACGCUGGCCCGCAGGCCGCCCUUCCAGCGCCAGGGCACGCUGGAGCAGCUGCAGUUCAUCCCUGGCCAUCACCUGCCCCAGCACCUGCGCACCGCCAGCAAGAACGAGGUGACUGUCUGA